AUGGCUGUCCCAGCUCCCAAGGCGCGCAAGAGCAGCACCGACACGCCUCCGAAGAAGAAGGCCCGUCGUGUCGCGCCGCCCGAGUCGAGCGCGAGCGAGGACGACGAGCACGCGAGUGCGAGUGGGGUAGGAUCGAGCGAGGAUGACGAGGUGAAGGAGGUGAAGGGCAAGGCGAAGAAGAGUAAGGCAAAGACGGUGAAUGGGAAGAAGAAGACUACGGGGCGGAAGGGCGCGAAGGGGGACAAGGAGGACAGACCGAAGGCAAAGGGCAAGAAGCGCAAGGCAAAGGACGAGUCGGACGAGGACGAGUACAGCGGGAAGGACGCUACGGAGAGCGAGGAGGACGACUACGACAGCGACGCGUCGGGCGGGCUCAAUAGGCGCGUCGUCAGGACCGUCAAAAAGGUCGCAGGUCCCGACACCAAGGCCGACACUCAUGUCGUUCUCCCGACGACGCUCGAGUUCUUGGCGGAUUUGGCGAAGCAUAACGACCGGGAGUGGUUCCAGCAGAACGACGCCCGCUACCGCCACGCCUUCCUCAACUUCAAGACGCUGAUCACUGCCUGGGUGCCCGUUGCAAGCGAGGCCGACUGGACGCUUCCUCACCUUCCCGCGAAGGACCUCAUGCAUCGGAUCUACCGCGACGUGCGCUUCUCGAAGGACAAGACGCCCUACAAGCGGUACCUGUGCGCGUCUCACUCGCGCACCGGACGCAAAGGCCCGUUCGCGCUGUACUACUUGCACAUCCAGCCGGGCGGCAAGUCGUUCGUCGGGUGCGGGUGCUGGUCGCCCCAGGCCGACGUGCUCAAGCUCAUCCGCAACGCGAUCCUGCGCGACCCGAAACCGCUCCGCAAAGUCCUCGCCGAGAAGGAGUUUGUCAGGCUGUUUGGGUCCGACAAGCCGCGCCUCGAUGGCAAGCGAGGAGGCAUCUUCAACGCCGAUGACCAGCUCAAGAACGCGCCCAAGCUCGAGGGCGUCGACAAGACGCACAAGGACAUCGACUUGCUCAAGUGCCGGUCGUUCGCCGUCGAGACGCACUUUCCCGACGACGUCGUCCUCGCCGACGACUUUCUCCAGACGGUCAAGCAUGCGAUGGAGACUGCCGCGCCGUUUGUCCAGCUGCUGAACGAGAUCAUUUCGCCUUCUCCUCCGAGCGACAACGACGACAGUGACGACGACGACGAGCAGGGCAGCGGAUCAGCAGAGGAGGACGAGUCCGAGUGA